AUGAAGAUUAUUGCUAUUCAUCUGUUGAUUUGUGCUGUGCUUGUUGCAGCAUCCAAACAACAUCGUACUGUUGGUAUCAUCGAAAAUGGGAUGUUCAUCGAGCAGACUAUUGCACAAUAUGACGAUCUUCAAGUGAUUGAAGUGCCAGAACAUGGCAAUCGGGCUCAUAUCGUGGCUUAUCUGGAUUUUCGCUCGGGUCUUCAACUGAUCAAAGAUGUGAAACAGCAAAGAUGUCAGCUAUCCGAUAUGGAACCAGCGACGAGAGCUGCUCAUGCUAAAUCAAUUUCNACUGUUGGUAUCAUCGAAAAUGGGAUGUUCAUCGAGCAGACUAUUGCACAAUAUGACGAUCUUCAAGUGAUUGAAGUGCCAGAACAUGGCAAUCGGGCUCAUAUCGUGGCUUAUCUGGAUUUUCGCUCGGGUCUUCAACUGAUCAAAGAUGUGAAACAGCAAAGAUGUCAGCUAUCCGAUAUGGAACCAGCGACGAGAGCUGCUCAUGCUAAAUCAAUUUCCGUGGAAUCAAGCGACAAUGGUCUUUCAAUGCCAAAUCUACCAGUUGAUGUCAGUGGUGUUGAAGAGACACAUAUUUUCAAAUUAGAACGACAAGAACCCAUUCAAAAUACAUCAUAUCUUCGAUCCGAACUUCAACAAGCCUGCGCUGGUUUAUCAAUUCAUUGGGCUGAUUCGGUAAAUGAGAAUGAUUUGGAUAGCAUGACGCGAACUGGCGAAAUAUUUUAUGAUAAACAAGAAAAAAUCAUCAUCCGACCAACAAAUCCGGAAGGGCGAGUUAAUCGAGGCGCUUCUUGUAAUCCGAAUCCUACAUUAAUACCUCCUAAUCAAUUUAAUUGUCACGGCAUGUGCUCCAAUCAAAAAUGUAGAAUGACGGGACACUCCUGCUAUUAUUUUAUUAUGUGCCCAAUGAAUGGGAAUAUUGGACAACAAUGCAUGCAACAUAAUCUUCACACCAACGGUGAAUGCAAAAUGUGCUGUAUGGAUCCGGCAUCGCCUUGCUCGCCACCAACAAAUGGUGGGUUUUGGCAACAUUGUGAUUGCAUCAAAUGGUAG